AUGUCUUUCAAUGCCAGAGACACGCAGUUAUACCGGGAAGAUGAGAGAGCUGGGCACACCAAACUCGGCGUGGAAGAGCGGGAAGAGCUAGUUAAGAACUAUCUCCCUGCGCCACCCGCCCGAGAACGAAGCAGCAGCCGGGGAAGGAAAGCUAAAGACAAAUCGCGAUUUGGGCUUCGAAAGGUCGUCAAGGCGCAGCUCUUCGUCUUCCUCUAUGCCUUCGUCCACGCCAUCUUCUCCGUCUACAUCCGCAUGCGCAUCGCAUAUCGAGCGGUGUCCGUGCGAGCCGUUUCCAUACUCAACUACCACCACAACACACCCGAAUACGUCCGAAGAGACGUGGGCAAACUGAGGAGACUGCCGGAACAUCUCAGCGUCAUACUGACCCUAGAAGAUGGCGGCAGCGGAGACAACGCGCUGCAGCUGCUGGUCAACGAGGUGUCGGAAAUCGCUGCUUGGUGCGCCUCUGCUGGCAUCCCUCAACUAUCCAUAUACGAGAAGACAGGUUUGCUGAAGAGGUACAUGAACCGUACGUAUCGCACCGUAAACCAGAAGCUCAGCGCCUGGUUUGGCAAGAACCAAGCUCCCCCGCAGGCCCUUGCCACACGCGGCGCCAGCACGUUGCAGUCGCCGAACCGAGCAGACCUCCCGCGAGAGCGCUGCCUGACGAUUAUACUCGUCUCCGAGGACGACGGUCGAGAGGCAAUGGUGGACCUUACUAAGGUCCUCGCCACGAUGGUCCAGAAGGAGAAGAUACGGCCCAAGGACAUCACCACCGAUAUUGUCGACAGCGAACUGUCCGACGCCGUCAUGCGCGAGCCCGACCUGCUCAUCUCGUUUGAGCCCUACGUCAACCUGCAGGGCUACCCGCCGUGGCCCAUCCGCCUGACCGAGAUCUACUGCGAGCCCGACAACCAGGGCGUCGGCUACCAGAUCUUCCUGCGGGGCCUGCGGAAGUACUCCCAGGCGACCUUUAAGAUUGGCAAAUAA